AAUGCAGAGAAUGUAUUAAACCUCCCUGGCGUUAUUCCUGAGUGUAGCUCGGGGUACAGUUUCAGUACCACAAGCGGUAACCCCAAGCUACACUCGGGCUUACCAUGCGGCGCUGCUCCGGGAUCUGUUCUUCUCUUACCUUGUCCUGCGCUCCUGCGAUGUCCCUCCUGCAGUGUCCCCGGCAAUGUAAUCCGGCGGAUGCCAGCAUCUGUCAUCUGGGUUCCGUCCUCUGCGAGCGUCGGGACGUACAGGGGACAGAACGGCGGGAAAUUUGAAAAUGACAAAAAGUGACAUUCACAAAAAUCACUAAAACCACAUAGUAAAACAUUACUGUACCAAACCAUUUCACAUAUAU